GUUGAAAUACUGAUGGGAGAUUUAAAGUUCUCACGGCCAUGACUGUUAAAAGUAAUAUCAUCUGAAAUGUGACUUCGUGCAAUGGGCUGACAGUUUACCGACGUUUCGGAGGAACGUACAGCCUCCAUAUUCAGGCAAGCAACAAAAACGAAAACUGCUAUGCUUCCUAUUUGAGUGGCUUACUCGUCGUCAAUGAGGUCAAUGAAGAUGAUGAAGAUAGAGGCAGAACGUUACUCUAACAGCUCUAACAUAUGUGUACUGUUACCAGUAUUCACGGUGUCAUACAUCUAAUGAUCCACUGGAAAUUAUACAUGUUGGCAAGUCGUACAUGUUGGUAAUGCCGUUCACAACUGGCGCCACGGUGUGAUAGCAGGCCUGUCCACCUUGGACGUAUAAUUUUGUUGUUUAGUAUCUCCCUGUAUCAUUUCAAUAGUUCUCCUCAAAAUUUUAUUGUUACGAAUCAUCUUAAAGGAAGAGUGUGCAUAGUCACUAAUAAAAGAGGCUGGUAUAAUGACAAGGUCAAAAAUCGAGUUGGGAGAUGUAACUCCACAUAAUAUAAAGCAGCUCAAACGUCUUAAUCGGGUUGUAUUCCCAGUCUCCUACAAUGAUAAAUUCUACAAAGAUGUUUUGGAAGCUGGGGAGUUAGCUAAAUUGGCGUACUAUAAUGACAUUGUAGUGGGAGCUGUGUGCUGUAGGAUUGACACUUCAGAAAACUCGAGACGCCUGUAUAUAAUGACUUUAGGAUGCCUGUACCCAUAUCGAAGGCUUGGCAUUGGCUCAAAGAUGGUGGAACAUGUCCUAAAGUAUGUUCAUACUGAUGGUAACUUCGAUAGCAUUUUCCUGCAUGUCCAGGUGAACAAUGAGGGAGCAAUAGACUUCUACAAAAAAUUCGGCUUUGAAAUUGUAGACACUAAGGUACACUAUUAUAAGAGGAUUGAACCAGCUGAUGCACAUGUGUUGCAGAAGACUCUUCGGCCUAAAAUAUCAAACGGUGAAAUAAAGAUUGGUGAAGAAAAAAAAAACAAUGAGAAAUAAUGAAAAAUUAAAGAUGAAGCUUUAAAUUAUUGUACAGACUCUUAUAAAGUUCAUUGCUAUUGAUAAGUGAGUGUAAUCCUAUUGCUUUCAUUCACUCUGGUUCCAUUAAUGACAAAAUAUGACACACCAAAUUAUAACAGUACAGGAAUAUAAAUUUUUCUUCUGUUAUAUCAUUUCACUUAUUUAUGUGCACAAAUGGUUUUAAUAUGGACUUCAUUUCCGUUUUAUGAUAUUUAUAAUACUUAGAAUAAUGUAAGAUGCUCCUGGCUAAGUAGAUUUUGUAAUUAAUGGAAAUAGAUAUAUUGCAAUUUUCAAUAUUGUUUUCAUGAAUCCUUAUGAAUACAUCUAUCCUGAACAUUUGGGGUUAUUUAUUUCUUUGUUAUCAGAGUAAGAAUUAUUGAGAAACUAUGAGCACCAAAAUAAAUGUAAGACUGUCAUAAAUUUGGUUUAAGUGAAUUUGUUUCAGGUUUACUGAGAAGGCACAAGUUUCAUCUUUAUUAAUGUGCCCUAUGAAACUUAUUUUCUAACCCUCCAGUUCACAAUUAACCUUUGUACUUGUGGUGAACAGACUGAUAGGCUGUAGAACACUGUGGGUCACAGGUAUUCAGAAGUGUAAUUGAAGAAGCAACAAAGGUGGCCUAGUCAUACUCAAGACCAUUUCUGAAACUUAUGGGGGCAGUCAUAAAGGUGCACUUUGUUGUUGUGCUCAUAGACUGUUGGUGAAUUACAGUGUCACAUUUUCAUAAAUGUUUACAUGUUUCGACCUUACGAGGUCAUCAAAUAUACUGUUACAUAAUUCCUGCAUCAUAUUGCUUUUCCUAGUUAAUUGUUCAAAAUCUUGGUUAAAAUUAGUUCCAGUUAUUGUUGAAUAUUGUUAAAAUUAGUUAAAAAUAUUCCUUUUUAAAUUGAUAUUGUGUGCAGUCUUGUUAUGGUAUAAAGUGGUUGUGUUGUGUGUGUGUGAGAGAGAGAGAGAUAUUAAGUAUGACAUGGACUGUAUGAAUUCUUUGGAAGGUGGUUAAAUCAUUCACCAGUGCAACAGGAUGCUAAAAUAUAAACAGAAAAGUUCAUUUGAAAUUGAAAUGUAUGAGGAACCAACGUUCCUGUUACAAAUGUAUCUUUAUGUAUAUACAGAACUUCAGUUUUCGUUAAAGUCUUGAAAGAA